AUGAAAUUCAUAUUUUGUGUAUUUUUGUGUGGCGUUCUGUGGAGUUCUCCAUCAUACAGUUUUAAAAAAUUACGUGUGGGUUUAGGUGAACCGAAUUCACCGUUAACUAAAAAUGUGAUCGACAUUGAAGACAAAUGGUUUGUGCAAAAACUGGAUCACUUUAAUCCUACUGAUAAUAGAACAUGGAAACAGAGAUAUCAAGUAAAUCAGAAGUAUUACAAGAAGGAUGGCCCUGUGUUUUUGAUGAUAGGAGGAGAAGGUCCAAUUUCAGCCAAAUGGAUGUACAGUGGGGCUUGGAUGGAUUAUGCUAAAGAAUUUAAUGCUUUAUGUUUGCAAUUAGAACAUCGAUAUUACGGAAAAAGCCAUCCUACUGAAGAUAUGAGUACCAAAAAUUUAGUAUACUUGAGUAGUGAACAAGCAUUAACAGAUUUGGCUGAAUUCAUUGUCAAUAUUCGAACAAAUUACGAUAUUCCAGCUACUGCUAAAUGGGUAGCAUUUGGAGGAUCUUACCCAGGAUCUUUGGCUGCAUGGUUGAGAAUGAAAUACCCACAUCUAGUGUACGCUGCAGUGUCUUCAAGUGGUCCUUUAUUGGCAAAAAUAGAUUUUAAAGAAUAUUUUAAAGUGGUUGAAAAUGCAUUAGCAACGUAUUCACCGGAAUGUGUAUCACAAAUAAAAGAAGCAAAUCAAAUGAUCGAUAACCAAAUUAAAACAAUCAAAGGAGCAAAAUUAAUUGAAAAUAAAUUCAAAUUAUGCGAUCCCUUGGAUAUAAACACAAAAAAAGACGUAGCGAACUUGUUUGAGACUUUAGCUGGAAAUUUUGCUGACAUUGUACAAUACAAUAAGGACAAUAGAUUUUAUGAAAACUUUGAACGAUCGUUAGUAACAUUGGAAACUUUAUGUGAUAUAAUGGUCAAUAAAUCAAAAACAACUCCAUUGGACAGAUAUGCAGAUGUUAAUAGCAAGCUAUUAUCCAUCAAUAAUUUAACUUGUACACAACACGUCUAUACCAAGAUGGUCGAUUCUUAUUUAAAUACAAGUUGGAAUAGUGAUUCAGCAGCAGGAGGUCGACAAUGGACAUACCAAACUUGUACAGAGUUUGGCUUUUAUCAAACAUCCAGUCAAGAAGAUCAUGCGUUUGGUAAUAAGUUUCCAGCUACAUUUUUCAUUGAUAUGUGCUCUGAUAUUUUUGGAAAGUUGUAUAAUUUAGAUCUUUUGUCUAAUGCAAUUAAAAGGAGCAAUAUGAUGUACGGUGAAUUGAACAUAAAAGAAAGCCGGGUAAUUUAUGUUCAUGGGUCUGUUGAUCCGUGGCAUGCAUUAGGCAUUACUCAUACAAAAACAAAAAACAACGUUGCAAUUUAUAUUGAAGGUACAGCUCAUUGUGCAAAUAUGUACCCUCCAUCUCCUACAGAUCUUCCACAGCUUAAAAAUGCUCGUGAGACGAUUAGAGCAUUUUUGAGUGAAUGGUUGACAGAAAACGACAUUGAUGACUCAUCUGAAGUCAACAAUAUACAAUUUAAAUACAAAGUUUAA